GUAUUGCUCGGUGGCCGCCUUCUGGAAAUUAUCGCAAAGACACGGACGACCUCCGCAGUGAAGGAGAUUUCCGCGAAGAGGCCUGAGUUCGCCCGACUUCUGGAAGAGCCCGAAGGUUCCGAAACGGAACUUCGCAACUGGGACAUGGCUUGGACACACAAAUAA